GAUGAGUAUCUUUUCUAAAUUAUAGAUUAUAGGAAUUGGAAUGCUUUUAGCAGCAGUAAUCUAUGCGUUUAAAAACAAUUAAGUUAAUGGAUAGGUUAUUGGAGAACUAUAGAUUUAAAUAAAUAUUCUUAAAGCUGCAAACGAAGCCCUUCAAAAUAAAUUAAAUGAAUUUGAAUAAGAGGGAUCGAAGUUUCAGAUUUAUAAACAGAACUUAAGCCAAUCAAGAGAAGAGAGAUAAUCUUUAGUAAAUACCAUGAGAAAUAAUUUGUAAGUUGUGAAAGAAAGCAUGAAUGGAUUAAAAGAUGUAAUUUUAGAACUAGAUAAUUACCUUUUAUAAUUGGAAGAUAAGGAUAAAUGA